CCCAAUUCUCACUAUCCCUUCCCUCUCCUCACAGUAGAAAUUACAAGAAACGAUUACCAAUGGAGAAAUCUUCAACAAAGAAAGCCAGUCGAAAGUAUUUAACAGAUGAUAUUUGGAAGUUACUUGGGAAUGCGAUUCUUCUGACCAUAAAUGUUACACUUACCCAUAAUGGUGUUUUGUACUGGCUUCAAAAGCGAAACAACAAAACUUUAGCUGUGAGUGGGAAUGAAUGUAGGUUGAUCGUUAUGCCUGACCAAGAACUAGAAGUGAAUGGUGAUUCUUUUGAAUUUUUGAAUCAAUCUCUUGGGGAGUCAGAAGGAUUGAUCUGUUUAGCUAGGUUCAAUAAUAAAGAGGCGAAUUCAAGUGUUUGGGUGCUUGAUGGAGAUCACUGGAAUAUGUUGCACAAGGAUAUUAAAAUUCAUCAUCAGUUUGAAGAAAUAGAAUCUCAGUUGAUUGAUGAUGGAUCAGGUGUGGAAGAUUUGAUUAAGGAUAUCGCCGUUAAUGGUUUCAGUCCAGUUGACAAAAAUGUGGUUAUGCUAUGUAGUGAGAAGUAUGCUUGGGCAUUUAACACCAAAACAAGAGUAUGCGAACAGCUCCUUCAUCCUCCUUUCCUGCCCGAGAAUCUUCACUCUGGUAGUUCUCUGAGGACCUUAGAAUUCGUUUUUAAACCAAGGCCGACAGUACUUCCACCGAUUUCUUGGAGUGACACAUCAAAUUUCAGUGCAAGGUUUCAAGUAGAUAACAGUUGUCUUGGUUUGGCAAGGUUCCUCUAGUACAUUUUUUGAAGAAACUCUGAACCUUUCUUAACAUCUCCAUUUCUCAGUAGAAUUUAUAUAUGCAGCAUUCUUAACAUAUCCGGUUCUCAAUAGAAACUCUGCAGCUCUUAAAUUUUUUUAAGUACUCCUAAAAUUGUUGUAUGGAAACUGGACAGCACUCUUGGUUUCCUGCAAUUUAUGCAUGCCUCUAAUCUGUAUAGCUGUCAAAGUA